GUCUGACAUGACGCAGCCAGAGGAGACGUCUUUCCCUUUCAUGUUGACCACCAGGAAAUGAUGCCACUCCCUUUAGUGACACACAAAUAGCAUCGGGAGUUUCGGGCUCCACUGAGACGGUCGUGACAGCCUCACCGGGCGACAUCGCUCUACUUCCUUGUUACACUGCCGGUAAUGUAACACCGUCUUUAACUACAUGGAUGAAGAACGGAGGAGAAGUCUUCAUCAACGGUGGCCCUUCAACACCAACACCAACACCAACUCCAGCUGCCGUGCAGCGCCUCAUAGUGCUGCAUGAUGGGAGUCUGAACAUCCAGGGGGUGAGAGCUGGAGAUGAGGGCAGCUACCUGUGCAACUCCUCACUGCAAGGAAACCUCACCUUUCAUGGACGAGUCCUGCUCCAAGUAGCCAGUGAUCCAGAAAAUGUCACAAUAUCCGUCGGUCCCGCCACUGCCCUGUCCAAUGGCACGCUCUUCAUCUUUCUGGGCUCGACUGUCAACUUUAACUGCUCCGGCUCCUCCUACCCGUCUCAGCAGCUGACCUUAGCCUUCAGAGGAGCCUCGUCCAGCAACAACUCGCUGGUUUCCACCUCUGGAUCCUGGCUGGACUUCAAGAUCACAGACAUUCAGCCCAGCGCUCAGGGAGUUUAUAGCUGCUUGGCCCAAAACCCUGUGUCUGGUCAGACAGUCAAUAAGAGCACAGAACUGCUAGUAUACUAUGCCCCAGAGAGGCACCCUGAGUGUAUGUGGGUGACAGCACAGGACCCCUUUCACAUCGUGUUCAACUGCUCCUGGUUUGGGGCGUAUCCCACCCCAACACUGCGCUGGGGUGAAGACGAGGGGGAGCAGGGAGCUCACUGGAAAGGACGCAUUUAUGCUACAGAGAUGGCGGACAGCCUGUCGGUGACGAUGAAUCGCUCCCAGCUGUUCGACGGCCAGACGGUGAGGUGCAUGGCGCAGCACCUGGCGCUCAAUGCAGGAAAUGAGAGGUCGUGUUUGUUCACCCUCCAGCGUCCGUUCCCUGAAGGCGACCCUCUGGUCACAGCUCUGGAGGCGAGCAGCGUAACUCUAACCUGUACCGAGGUGAAGUCAAUCCCCUCUGCAAACACCACGUGGAGGAAAGGGCUCCAGCAAGAGGAAAUUGUGCCCGGAUCGAAGUACCUCCUGUCUGAAGAUGGCUACACACGGAAGCUGACCAUACUCAACGUCAGCAAGGACGACGAAGGCGCCUACUUCUGCCGCAGCGAGAACCCCCUCGAUGUCCGAGAGCUGGAAGUCUACCUCACUGUGAAGACGUCCUCGGCCUACACAGGAGCGAUCAUCGGUGUCUUCAUAGCCGCUGUGAUCGUGGGAUCAGCCAUCAUCAUAGCUAAAACAGUUUACUCCAGCCGACACCGGAUUUGCCUGGGAGGUGGAUUUGGACAAGUGGAGGAGGACAGAGGAGACGUGCUGAGUCUGGUGGAGUCAGACGAUGAGCAGAUCUUUCAGGACGCUGUGCCGCGGCUUCCUCCGUUAACAAACGGGCAGCACACAACACUGGUCCAGAUACACCGCAUCCCAUCGAGUGAUCACGAGGAUGCAGAAACUACUGACACGAGUUCACAGCAGCAGCAGCAGCAUGAAGAAAUCGAACUGACAGAAGAGCCGAUGGAUCUUGUAACAUUUUAGAUAUUAGGUGUUUAUAGACGAUUGUG